AUGCUCCUACUGACCUCCUCGGAUGCUUUCUCACACGCAUGUAAGCUUACCAUCCCUCAUCCAACGGCCUAGGUGAGCGUCUCCAUCGUUAAUUCGAAGCCUCGCUCCGGGAUUGUGACGUUCUCACUCAUUGAAGCGAGCAUCUCCCUUUGGUCAUGCUCGAACACGACUUGGAGUGAUCCACUGCCGAACUUGUUCACGGGACCACCUUACGAAUUCCUGGCGAUUUUUUCGGGCAAGCCCAAAAUUUAGACGAUCUGGAUGCUACCGAUUAUGUCCAGCGGUUGCGCCAAACACUGGCUAAUCCCCGGGCCAUAUCUCCACGCGCUCCAGCAAGUAAGUCAUAUAUUGAUCUUAACUUGCUAAUAGGUUUUUUUUUAUCUUUGUCCGCGUAGAUGGUGUUCGUAAACCAUUGAAUGGGCCCUACGACAGACCCUUUCGAGUCCUGCCUCGCACGGACAAGGAUUUCAAAAUGGGCCUUGACGAUCGUAACAAAUUGGUCUCAGUCGAUCGGUCGAAGAUGCCUUAUACCGGGCCUCUUUCGUCCACCCCAACAGAUCAACUUUCUUUACCUGCCACGAUGCAUUCCCUGAUUUCCCCGUCUGCGUUUACACUUGAUAAUUCUGUGCACUCCGCUCCCCUCUCGAUUCCACCCCCUACACGCAGUGGUCGUCGUAUCCGUUUCCCUGAUCGUUACCAGCUUGUACAUUAUGCCUAACACUUAUCAAAGUCACACUUAUUUUUCACGUUAGAACUCUGUUCUCCUAGGGGAGGGAACAUUGUCUUGGCAUAAAAAAGCGUUCUGUUUUAGUACAUUAUAAAUGUGACCCGUGAUAACCGGGACAAAACUUUCGAUAGAAAUUUUUCAUUUAGCUGAAUUCUCGUGAUUACUUUGUUCCUUCUAAUUCUUCUGGCGUAUAUACUCGUGUGUAUUUAUCCCUGAAGUUAAAUCAUGUAUCGGCUUAUUCAUUACAAAGUUGGAAUUUUGCCCACCAAAUAACUCGCAGAUGCUUUUAGUUGGUAUUGUGAAUGUGAUUCAGAUAACUGCAGCAUGAAUCGAUUUGAAUCCAAUACUCUUUGAUAUUCGAAAUUCUUUGAAUAAUUGUAUGUGCCGCUGGGUACGCGUGCCUGACUGGACAAACAUUUUGCCGAUGUAGUCCCUAUCACAGUUACGACAAGAUAGGUUAGCCGCACAUACAGUCAAGCUCAGCAAAAGGACUCGGGAAUGUUGACUUUUCAAAUUUCGAAAUAGUUAACCUCCCUCAUUACAGUUCAGCCUCCUUAAAGUUGAUAACGUAGUCUUCCUAAGUCAAAAAUUGGUUCUUCUUAUCAUACCGACAAUACUGAGCAAUUAAUGACUUUUAUUACGUGUUUCCACAUUAUGUACUAAGUCCUAUUCAGAUAUUUGUUAACUGCAGUAGCAGUUGCCUACACUAGCUUUUGCAAAAAAGCACAAGUGUUUCAGGUGUACAUGAAACCACAUUAUUGCCUCACGCGUUAGAAUAAGCUUCGAAGCCAACUAGUACCGACUGGGUACAGAUGAGAUUCUUCUUCCUUCGGGCAUCUCAAAUGAGUUGAUUAAAUAGUAACCUGCUAAAGCAGUUAAAAGUUUCGUGACCUUGUAAUCAAACUGCCCUUCAUGCAUCACUGAAUGCAGAUGACUAAUAAGAAACCUGAUUUCCGCUUAAAGUUAGAUGCCUUAAUGGCUUAAUGCCACAAUGUAUGCUUUUAAGUCCCAAGAAGACGGGUUUUUCGUAAAAAAAGUUCUUAAAACUAAAAGACGAAAAUUUUGAGUGAACAGUUAUAAGUCCAUAAAGAUUCUCUGCAUUUAUUUUAUGUAAAAGUCGUGGUUAAGACUAUCUCCAGCCUUAUGUGUGGAGUUAAUUUGAAGCAAAUGCACAGCUUAUUUGAGAUGUGGGCUUUAGAACACCACUAAAGAAAUUGUUGGGCUGUUGGGCUACAAGGUUGAGACCAAAGCCUCUGUUUUCGACUAAACGCCGGUAAAAUAUUUCCGCUCAGUGUUCUCCACACUUUGCAUUCGGUAAAGCCUUCUCCCGAGACCACCAUUCGACGUCGAAAUUUAUAGUCAUCUGAGAUUUCCGGAACCAAGGGGCUUGUGAACGGCGACAGGAACUCUGAACCUACCGGUAAUGUUUGCUUCAAUGACAAUGGAAUGGGAUUCAGACAAGUACAGUAUGGAGCGUUUUGGAUCUGACUCUCCUUUAUAUUCGACACCCGGUCGGUACACGCGUCUGACUAGCGAGGUGUUUUGCCGAUAUAAUACCUGUCGCAGCUACGAUGAGCCAAGUCAAACGUGCACAGCGCAAAGCUCAAUAAAGGGACUCAUUAAUGUCGAAUCAUCAAACUUCGAAGUACUACACCUGCUUCAUAGCAGUUGACUCUUUCUAAAGUUUGUAAAAAGGGCUCCUGAGUAAAAAUUGGUUCUUCAUUCUGUACCGCGAAUAUUUCAAAAUUAACGGCUAUUAUGGGUGUCCGCAUGGCGUACUGAGUCCCAUUCAGAUAGUUGUUUGCUGCGGUAUGAAUCGUCCGCACCAACUUUUGCAAAAAGCACCAGGGUUUUAGGUGCAUAUGAAGCCUCAGCUUUGGUUCACGCAUUAAAAUAAGCUUCGUAGCCAACUCAUUUCGGGAGGGGGCAGAUGGGAUUCUUCUUCUUUCCGGCAUGUCGGAUACAUAACAAGAAAGCUGGUUUCCGCGUUAAGUGCCCUAAAGGCUUAAUGUUGCAGUCAUGCUUCUUAGUUCUACGAAAGCAGAAGUAUAGGGAAAAAAAGUCCUCUAAAAACCAAAGGAAAAAGUUUUCGAACUAACAGUUGUAAGUCCAUAAAGACGUGGUGCUAAAGGUUUUCGUUAACCCUGCAAUACACAAAUUACUGUGGGGUUUGAGUGGCCGAGGAAGAAAUGGUGUUAAAGUCUGAGACUGAAACCUCUGUUUCCGAAAAAAACUCUGAUGAAAUUUGCCUGCCUAGAGUCCUUGUAGUUUUCACCCAGAAAGGCCUUCUUUCAAGGUCAUCAUUCGGCGUCAAGAUUUGUGGCCGACUGAGAGUUCAAGAACCACGAGUCAUGGAAACGCUGAUAGGAAAUUUGAACCUGUUGAUAAUGUCCGUUUCAAUGGCAAAGGAGAAGCUAGACCACGUGGAGUAUACUGUAAAGUUUAACAAAUGCCCUCAGAAAGGCUGGCUUGCGGAAUUCCGAAUGUACUGACCUGCCUAAUUGCACAUGAUUCGUCUUGGUUUCGGUGAAAUAAUGUCUCUGAGCAAAAACUGAUGCACUUUUACCAUACUGUGAAUAUUUAACAAAAAUCGUCAACUUUCCGUAUGAAUACCUACACUGGCAGUGCACUCUGGGGUGUAAUUCAUCGGUCUUUUUUUCUUUUUUUUCGAAAAGGCACUAGAUUUUUCGGCGUACUGGAGGACUUUGUUUUUUUCCGCGUGGUUAAGGAACCUUCACAACCAAUUCACAUCUGACGGACGCACAUGAGAUUCCUGUUCCAUCUAAGUUCAGAAAGAUUUUACGGAAGCAAAUGGUAGCAAAUUUGGUGAUUAGGGUUCUCUACAACCAUACACAUUGUUGAAGUUAAGAUGAAUCAUAUGUACGAAUUACUUUGACUGUGGAGUCCAGGCGAACAGCGGAGAACUGGCUGGGUUCGUAGAGUACUCGGUUCUGGAAUCCAGACUAUUGUUUUCGACUAAACUCCCAUUGAAUCAUCGUGUUCGGUGUUCAGCCAGCUCUUAUUCAGCAACAUGUUCUGUCGCAGUCACUAUUUGUCGUCGAAAUUAGCCGCUCCACGAAAAUUCGAGAGCCGAGGGGCUUGUGAACGGCGGCUGAAAAUUUGACCGGAUUGGUAACGUCUGUCUUGGCGGCAAAUCAAAGCUCCCAUCGGUUAAAUGUAAAACGAAGAUCGACUGUGAAUCGUGCCUUGAAAGAAACUUAUCAAGUCAGCAAAAGAUUAACCAUAUCAACAACCUUUAGGUUACCCUCGAGCAGGGUUGGCCUGUAUUGGGUGUUUGAUUUGAUAAAUUCAUUAAUGACUGCGGACUAAACACCCGCGGAGUUUUAUUCACACAUUGUCAAGUGUUUUACUAAAUACAUCAUCCGUAAUUACUUGAAAUUCUGAUUUGCUGUGGCAAGAUUUCGAUUAUCACCUGCCGUUUAUCAUUAAAAAGUCCGUCGGACUGCUUUAGUCAUAGUGAUUUGCAAUUUUUAUUCUGUUUGAAAAAAGCACAAUUUAAAAACCUGACGCCAACUCGGACAAAGCACCCUUUCGGAUAGAUACAAAAAGAGGGUAUUUCGAUUAACUCCAAAAUAGCACCUCUUCUCGCUUUUAAAAACAAAGAAUGAAGAAUAGAUUGGACUGUUAGGAACCUAUAACAAAUUACCUGGGAACACCUUCAGUUAAACGAACAUGCAAACGAAGGCUAUUGGUCACGCAAGCAUAUCAUCCAGGUAAGUUAAACAGGUCAGAUGCCGCUGUCGCCACCGAAGACGUUGAGGAUGGCACACAGGGAUAGAACCUAAAUGGUUGAACGCCUGUUUAAUCGUCGUGGCUGACACGGUCCAUCGUGUACUCCACAGCACGGUGAGAGCAGACACGGUGACUUGCGCUUGACUUAGCUUAUAGCGGUGGAGUACUUACGCCGUAUCUACCGCACUCAUUCCUUCCCCUCCAGCUGGGUCCAGUGUUAUGGCAGAAUAUGGGGGGGCUGCAGAAGGCACAGGUGGCUGAUGCGGCCAGAACCGCCCAAAGGCGUGUUGCUAGGACCCCACAGCUUGAGGGGGUCAUAGAAACCGCAUUUAGGAGUCACUGCAGCCAGACUCUCAGUCCGCCACUCCACUCACAACACAAACACACGCACACCGGACUGACUGCGAGGUCCGGGCACCUCGCCAGUUGGCAACCUUCCAAGUCAUGACGCUUAGCUAACCAUGAUGGCCUCAGGCUCGGAGCGCACAUGCAGCAAAGGAACCCCAUGGAGGAGGAUCCAAGAAACACACGACACCAGACACGCCCACAUGGACACAGUAAGGAAAAUGGGCUGGAGCGAACCAAAUCUCCACUAUACCAAAUAAAUAGAUCAAAUUGUAAAAAAGAACUACCACAUUACACGGUAGAACGAUGUCGGAGCGAUCCAUCUAAAGUGAGUGGUGGUGGCGUCAUGUUUGUUAACCCACAGGUUGAGAGUGCCGCGUUGUGGGCGGCCGCGGGGAUGGAAGCGUGGCGGAGCGUCGUCGAGGAAAGCUAGGAGAGAGAUGCCACGGAGUGGGUCGAUGGAGGUAUAGGGACAUUUAAGUCCGUUAUGUUUUAAUCAGUUGUGUCAGCACUCCCAGUGGAUAUCGCCACCGACCUCUGCGACAUCAUAGAUUUCCCGCCCACAGAAGCCCUUGAUACUGCCCUAAAGGAGGCUCUCAUCUCCCGCAUUACCCCGUCAAAGCAAAUACGUCUGCAAUGUUUAAUUUCUGAGGAGGACCUCGGUGAAGGGAAGGCUACGCAGCUUCUUAGGCGUUUGGAGCAGUUGGGAGACGGACAAAAGCUGAAUGCAACCAUGUUCAAGCAACUUUUUCUCCGACGGUUGCCUCCUUCUGUGCAAGCCAUCCUUGCGUCUAACAUUCCUUCCUCGACUGUUCAGAUGCUUACAGAGACUGCUGACCGUAUACCCGAGAACUACCAGCCUCCUGUUACGGUAAACGUCGCUAAUAGAAGCGAAAUUGCUCCCACAAUCGAGGAUGUCAUCAGACGUGUGUAUGUCCUCACUGUCGAAGUUUCUCAGCUCCGGGCCACUCGUGUCUUUAACUCUCUUAAUCCUGCAAUCACUCGCGCCCGAGAUCUCCCACUCCAAAUCAACCUACAGUUGAUUGCUUCUGUUGUUAUCAUCUUAAUUAUGGUCCCAACGCACAUCGCUGUCACUCUCCGUGCAAGUACAAGACAGCUGCGUUGGAAAACUCCCCUGCCGAGCUAUAAGGACGACGAACGUAAUCGGCACAUUCUCUCCCACACCUAUGACAGGACUUCCUGUCGUAAUUUUUUCGUGGAUACCGGUGCGGAGAUCAGUCUAAUCCCACCCACCUUGACAGACCGUAUAUUACCAAACUCUUCUUUUUUCCUCCAAGCAGAUAACAGGACGUUUAUUAAGACUUUUGGUCAACGAUCCCUAACACUAGAUUUGGGUCAAAGGCGUUCAUUUCGUUGGGUAAUUACUAUUCCUGAUGUUCCUACUGAUAUUUUCGGCGUUGAUUUUAUAUCCUUUUUCGGUCUCCUCAUUGACAUCAAAUCUCAUAAAUUAUUUGACCCUAAGACUUCUUUACACCGUAAAUGUUCCACUCGUACACUUUCAUCACCCAAUCCACGCAUUUCAACAAUCCCUUCGUCUACUCCCUAUCAUCGGUUGCUUUUGGAAUUUCCAUCUAUCACACGACUCUCACAAUUUAACCAACCCAUCAAGCAUUCUGUUGUACAUUAUAUUUCAACUACUGGACCAUCCGUGUUCAGCCGUCCCCGUCGUUUGCCCCCGAUAAGUUAGCCAUAGCCAAGGCUGAAUUCAGUCACAUGAUGGAGCUAGGCAUACUCAGACCUUCCACUAGUCCAUGGACUGCACCUCUACAUAUGGUGUGUAAAAAAUCUCCCGUUGACUGGCAUACAAGCGGGGAUUACCGACGGUUAAACACUUGCACUGUGCCUGACAUGUAUCCACUUCCCCAUCUCCACGACUAUUUACCUAGCCCAGCCAGAGCAACAAUAUUUUCCAAGACUGACUUAGUCAAAGCUUGCCAUCAGAUACCCCUUGCUCAAGAAGACGUUCCCAAAACGGCGAUUACAACACCGUUUGGCCAGUUUGAGUUUGUCAGGAUGCCUUUGGGCCAGGCAAAUCUGCUCAAACUUUUCAGCGUUUCAUCAACGAAGCUCUCCGCGACUUACCUUUCGUUUUUGUCUAGGCCGACGAUGUUCUGGUAGCAAAUUUCAGUGAACACGAACACCAAUAACAUUUACGCCUCAUUUUUGAACGAUUGAGCCAAUUUGGCGUUUUGAUUAAUGUUUCUAAAUGUGUUUUUGAUAUACAGUCGUUGUUUUUCCUAGGACAUCGCGUAGAUGCUUCUGGUUGUCAUCGCAUAGAUGCCAAAUGUCAGCUUUUCGCGAUUUUCCUACUCCCACUUCUUUUCAACAACUGCGUCGUUUUAUAGGCCUUGUCAAUUUCUAUCGACGCUUUAUCCCUCAUUGUGCUCAAUUAAUGUUAUCACUUGCUAACCUUUUACGCGGGAACAAUCGCCAAUUUUCUUUUCCUGACACAGUUGUAGAGGCUUUCAAUCGCGCUAGGGAGGCUCUGGUGGAUACAAAUGCCCUUGUUCACCCUAUACCUGAUGCCCCACUUUCCGUUGUGGCCGACGCCUCCAAUUUCGCUGUAGGUGCUGCCCUUCAGCAACAGACGCCCACUGGCACCCAACCCUUGGCUUUCUACUCUGCCAAAUUUACACCCCCACAAACUCGCUAUAGCACUUUUGGUAGAGAACUUCUUGCAAUUUAUUUAGCCAUUAAACAUUUUCGUAAUUAUAUUGAAGGCCGAGAUUUUUGAAUUUAUACUGACCAUAAGCCUCAUACUUAUGCCCUCUCUUCUUCUUCUGACAAGUAUUCACCCCACGAGGCCCGCUAUCUCGACUUUAUUUCUCAGUAUACCACCGACAUUCGACUUCUUAAAGGCCUUUAUAAUCAAGUUGCUGACUGUCUUUCUCGGCCUGGCAUUAAUGCCAUCACCCGCCCUUACAUCGAUUUGGAGUGCAUGGCAGGACUGCAAAACCAGUCGACUUCCACUGAGAACCUUCAACACACUAGUCUUCAGCUCGAGGCCAUUCCUCUUUCCACCACCCCGGUACAAUCUUGUGUGACGUAUCGCGCGGUGCUUUCCAACCCUUAG